AUGUCUAACGCCUCUACCAGCACUUCCACGACGCUUGAAAACGCUGUUGGCAAGCUUAAUUUGAAUGUCAAGGACAAGCCUAUCGACCUCCCAGUCUGGGUGCCGCCUCCAACAACGAAAGAGAACAUCGAGUGGGCGGAUAUCCUAACUGUGGACUUGACCAAGUUCGACACUCAUCGACAAGAGCUCGUGGACACUGUUCAGACGGCUCUGGAGCGCGAUGGUUUCUUUUAUGUUGUCGGCCAUGGUAUUUCCCCCGAAAAGAUCAACCGCCAGUUUGCCAUUGGCGAGAUUGCUUUCGACCAAGUCCCACAAGAGGAGAAGGAGAAGCAUGUAGCGCCUAUCAAGGAGAAAGGGACCUUUAUGGGGUACAAGCUCCAAAACUAUUGGGAGAUCAAAGACGGUGUUCGCGACAGAAUCGAGCAGUACAACUUUUAUCAAAACUGUAUUGAUCCUGUAACAUCGCACCCGAAGGCCCUCCAGCCCCACGUCGAAGAAGUUAAAGAAUUCCUUGAAACAAGCAGACAGAAAGUACUCAAGCGCGUCACAUACUUGAUUGACGCUGUUUUGGGCCUUGAGGAAGGUUAUUUGUGGCGGUUACAUGAAACGGAGGAAGGUGUAAAAGGACAUGAUCUAUUUAGAUACAUGAUUUUUGAUCCUCUCACCUCUGCUGAGUCUGAAAAGACGAAUGGUGUCAUGCUUAGCGGACAUACCGACUUCAACAGUAUCAGUUGUUUGAUCUCUCAACCCAUUACUGCUCUUCAGGUACUCAUGCCCGACAAUGUAUGGCGAUAUGUAAAACACCAGGAAAAUGCCUACGUUAUCAACAUCGGCGAUCAGCUUUCGUUCAUGAGCGGGGGUAUUCUCAAGGGCACUAUGCACAGAGUUGUACGCCCUCCAGCAGACCAAGUCUCCCUUCGUCGUCUUGGUCUCUACCAUUUUGCUCAUUUUAUCGAUGGAGUGCCUUUGGAUCUUGUCGAUUCGAAGAAAGUGAAAGAAAAGGGACGUGUUCUUUUUGAAGGAAAGAUCCCAACCACCGACGAGUGGGAACGCAGUCGUGUCAAGAGCUUUGGGGUGGAUAAAUUUAUUAAGGGGGAAGAAUACGACAUCGAAAUUCUUAAUGGAAUUCAGCUUCGCCAUUAUCAUUGA